ACUCUCGGAGUUGUGUAGACAUCUCCACAUUUGCGCGCGGUGGGAGGGGUGUAACUGUGCUGGUGCUUCACAACUUGUACUGUACAGCGCACUCUGUUUUCCUUAUUCCAAUCAAUGAGUAUUGCUAUUGCCGGACUUGUAUCUGAUUGCCAGACAACUGAAACACGUCUAUUCAACUUUGUUACAUAAAGGUGCCAUGCUGUUGGGGGUCCGUGGAUGAGCCCCCCUUUCAGGAAGCAUGGCGUCGCCAGGAGACAGAGAUGCACUGGUGGAGAGGGGAUACAUCCCCCUGGACAUUGACAAUGUCCACAUACUUCUGCAGGUGGAGCAAGAGCAAAUUCAGAAGAGAACCUUCACCAACUGGAUCAAUGCUCAGCUCUCAAAGAGGAUUCCCCCGUGCAUGGUGUUGGACCUGUUCAAUGAUUUCCGGGACGGGUCCAAGCUGCUGGACCUGCUGGAGGUGAUGAGUGGCCAGCGGAUGAGUCGGGAGAGAGGCAGAGGCAUCUUUCAGCACAGGAGCAACAUUGAAACAGCCCUGUCCUUCUUGAAGAAGAAAUCGAUCAAACUGGUCAACAUUAACAUUCCCGACAUCAUUGACGGCAAACCAUCCAUCAUCCUAGGCUUGAUCUGGACAAUCAUUAUGCAGUAUCAUAUUGAGGAGCUGGCCAGCAGCCUGUCGUUCAGCUCCCGUCAGUCCUCUCUGGAGUCACUGGCCAGCCUGGACUCUCGCUCCACCCUGUCGGCCCGCUCUACUAGCAACAGCCCCGUGCCCCCCAGGGGCUCCCCCCUACACCAGCGUUUCCGCGUCUCUGCCAAGAAAGCUCUGCUGCUCUGGGUCAGGGAACAGUGCCACAAGGCUGGCUGUACUCUGAAUGUGAAGGACUUCAAGGCCAGUUGGCGGAGCGGUGUGCUCUUCUUGUCCAUCCUGUAUGCCCUGAGACCUGACCUGGUGGACCUGUCCAAGGCCAGAACCAGAACUAACCGGCAGAACCUGGAGGAGGCCUUCCGCACUGCCGAGCGCGAGCUGCGCAUCCCCAGACUACUGGAGCCCGAUGAUGUCGAUGUGAGAGACCCAGAUGAGAAGUCCAUCAUGACCUACGUGUCCCAGUUCCUCCAGUACUCCAGAGACAUGCCUGUGACAGAGGAUGACAUGCAGAUGUACUAUAUGACUCCUCCUAAAAGCCUCUCUCCUGUCAACCUGCCCACUCACUUCACUCCUGCCAUCGCUGCCUCCCCUCUGCGCCAGGCUCGCCUGCUCCAACCCCUACUUAUGAGAUCAGCUCCUUGUCAAGAACCUGAACCCUCCAGAGCUGCUGCUGCUGCGACCACAACCAAUCAGAAGACCCAGGAAGUGACCUGCUGGCUGUUGCAGGCCUAUCAGGAGUUACUGGAAGGCUGGGACUCCACAGAAGGCGAGAGCUAUGCAGAGAGAUACCAUGUGUUCCAAACCUUUGUGGUGUCCUUUAACGAGCAGCGUCGCCCCGUGAUGCCUCUUCUGACAGCCAUGAAGCGCACCCCCCAGCUGAGUGAGGAACAGAGGAACCUCAGGGGGGCUUGGGACGCCCUCGCCGAGAAGCUGCGUGAGUAUAAGACAGAGCUGGACCUUAGUCUGCCUGCUUCCCUGGACAUGGUGGGCCGCUGGCUGCUUAGGGCUGAGGGGGCGCUGGCUGAGGAGGAGGGGGACCCUCAGGACCACGCCCGCGCCGCCGAGGAGGCCAGGGAGAAACUGGAUCUGCUCAAGACAUCCCUGGACGAGAUGCCCCAACAACUUAAGAACUUUCAGAAGUUCCAGAAUAUGGAUGAAUAUGGAGCCAUCCUGGUGCCUACUGACAAACUGGAAGAGAUGAAGAGAAGGUUCACCAGUGUAAGAGUCACUGCCAAGUACCAUGGGAUCAAACUGGAGUACCAGGAGCAUCGGCACACAGUGCUGGACCUGCUGGGCCAGAUCAGCAGCAAGCUCCGUGUCUGGAAGAGACCCUACAUAUCCCAGGAGGCUGUGCGUGUGCUGCUGCAGGACUGGCAUGAGUUAGUGGAUAAACAGGACCUACCAUCCUUGCUGGAGGGGGCUCUCCUUAAAUUGAAGUUUGUUGCAAGCAAAUAUACUAGCAAAUCUGCCCUAGCUGCAGACUCCAAAUACAUAAUGUGCCAAGUGAAGGAGUUGGAGGAGGAGGGUGCUGUGGCUCUGGAGGGAGUGUCUACGGUGAAGAGCACUAUGGGCCGUGUGCUGUCUGCCUGGGACUCCUACUGUGACUGUUACAGCUCCCUGCAGGCUUGGCUGGAGCAGGCCUCAGCCUCCCACACGCUCGCACAGAGGCCAGAGGUAACAUCUGAGAGUAUGUCAGAGUGGAGUUCCCGCCAGGCCCAUCUGAAUGAGGUAGGGAACUUCCUGGUCCAGCUGACUGACCCCAUGACCAGCCGAGCUCUGGCAGAUGACCUCUGCAAGCUCAACCUGCAUUGGGCGGACUUUAUCAAGAUAACACAAUUUGCUGUUGUAGCUGUGCCCAGCGGAGCUGCAGCCAGACCCCAAGACCUCCAGGCCCUCUUCAGAGAGGCCACCCAGAUCCUGAAGGAACCUGUAGAGGCCAUGUCUGGGCCCCUGAGGACCUACACGAAGAAACUACAGUUCAUGAUGAGGAAGAUAAAGGAAGUGGAUAUGGAUGCCCUCUCCCCCUCCACAGAAUGCUCAGCUGAGACUCUACAGAAACUGAAGCUGGCUUUACCUGAGGUGAUGCAGACGCUGGUUGAGGCUGAGCAGGUGUGUGUGGAGCUGCAGCACAGUGUGUCUGGUCUGGACUGCCGCCUGGCAGAGCUCCUGCACUGGGAGACAGAGGCCCGGGACCUCUACCAGAUCUUGAAGGCAGGAGAACGCAGGGCUUUACGGUGCCAGGACCCCCGCGCCAGGGUGCUGAUCUCUCGUGGGCUGCAGCUGGAGGGUCAGGUGGUGACUGAGGAGCAGGAUCUGCAGGUGAUGGUGAUGACAGGACAGAAGAACUCUCCCCUCCAGUAUCUCCUUGUCUCCGCCAUGCAGGACAGAGUCAGAGCUGCCGUGGCUCAGUCACAGGAGGCAGUUGGGAUGCUGAGCUCUCUGGGAGCCAGAAGAGACAGAAGCCAAAGCCCCACAGAAGACCAGCCCCCACCCAAGAUCUUCAUCCAGCCUGAAGAGGGGACUCAACCCGAACAGUCCCUAUCACUCUCUCUUGCCAGGCAUGCAACUCAGGCUUUUGCUCAAUUAGCAUCUCAGCCUGAUGUGAAACCACAGCCCCAGUCCCAGCCUUCCCCUACUCAACCACAAGCUCAAGCUCAGGCCCAACACCCACCAAUACCACAGAUUAUAGUCCAGGAAUACAGAGAGAAGAAGGCAAGUCCCAGUCCUCCACUCCUGUAUUCCUAUGCACAAGCUGUGACUCAGUCAAAGGGCCGAGCACAGUCACCUCCAGAGCCACAGGUUGCUGCCCAGAGCAAAAAACACUCUCCACCCCUAACCCAGAAACAACCACUAGUGCAGCAACCACCAUCUCAACAACAGCGUCCAACUCAGCAACAAGUACUCUCUCAGCAACAAGUACUCUCUCAGCAACAAGUACUCUCUCAGCAACAAGUACUCUCUCAGCAAGUACUAUUUCAACAACAGGUUCUAUCUCAACAACAAAUAUCUGCUCAGCAGCAGGUUCAAAGCCAGAAACAGGCCCAACAAUCAGCACAAGCCCAGAAACAGACUCCAUCUCAGCAACCGGAAAAGACACAGAAGCAGCCUCUAACCAAGGAAGAGAUGCUGAGCUGGAAGAAGCAACCUCAGGCCAUGAAGAACCGACCCUGGCUCCAGAAGAAGGUCAAGGAUCAGGAUCAGGCUUCAGCCCAGGCUCCAUCCCAAGCUCCAGCCCAGGCUCCAUCCCAAGCUCCUGCCCAGGCUUCUAAUCAAACACAGGCUCAACAACAGCCAGAGAAACCAAUCAUGUCUCAAGUCCCUGUCCAGGUAGUUCCACAGCCUGCAGGAACACCCAGGCCCCAGCCUCAGGCACAAGCCAGGACUAUGUUUCCUUCUCAAUCACAGGCCAUGUCUAGUGCUCAGGCUCUACCCCAAGCAGGGCCACAGCAAGUCCCCCAGGCAUAUCUUUAUGGCCAGCCUCCUGCCCAAUCUCUGACCCAACCCCAAGCAAAGACCAAGAGCCACACUCAACCUAAACCAACGGCCCAAGCCAAACAGCAACCCAAGACUAUUAUCCAUGCUCCAUCCCAAACCAUGACUCACACUGAACCCCAGCCCAUAACUCAAUCUCAACCUGUGACCUACUCACAAUCACAGAUGCAGGCCAUGUCUCAAUCCCGGAUGACUCAAGAGAAACCCCAGCCACAGGUCCAGAAACCUCAGCCACAGGUCCAGAAACCACAGCCACAGGUUCAUCAACUGAUGCAUCCACAGUCUCAAGCUCAGGCCCAACCACAUGCCCAAGCAUGGGCCCCAGUCAGGCUGCCACAAACACUCACUGAGACGCACCGGCUGGGCCUGCAUCCACAGGCCCAGUCUCACCCCCAGGCUCACCCACAACUCCAGGCCCAGCCUCACCCUCAAGUUCAGCCUCACCCUCAAGUUCAGCCUCAACUCCAGGCCCAGCCUCACCCUCAAGUUCAGCCUCACCCUCAAGUUCAGCCUCAACCCCGGGCCCGUCCUCAACCUCAUGUCCAGCCUCACCCCCAGGCACAACCUCACCCUCAUGUCCAGCCUCACCCCCAGGCUCAGCCUUAUCCUCAAGUCCAGCCCGAGGCCCAGCCUCAUCCUCAAGUCCAGUCGCAUCCCCAGGCUCAGCCUCACCUUCAAGUUCAUCCUCAUCCUCAUCCCCAGGCCCAGCCUCAAUCUCAUGUCCAGCCUCAACCUCAGGCCCAGCUUCACCUACAGGCCCAGCUUCACCCCCAGGCCCAGCCUUACCCUCAAGCUCAGUCUCACCCCCAGGUCCAACUUCAUCCUCAUCCUUAUUCCCCUGCUCAGGCUCAACCCCAACAAUGGGCCCCAGUCAGACCCUUCAGCCCAAUUUACCCUCAGCCAAAGGGUCAUCCCCAGGUAACCCCAGUCAGACCUGAACCACGGCCACAAGCCUAUCCUCAGCCCAUCAUGGUCCAACGUCACCCUCUUCCUCAGGCUUGCCCACUAGGUCAAGCUCCACAGCAGCAAUGGGCCCCAAUCAGGCCAGAGCAAGCCCCCCAGGCAUAUCUUUAUGGCCAGCCCUAUGGCCAACCUCAAGCCCAAAUACAGCCCCAAAGCCAUGUUCAACAGCAGCCUCAGGUGAGAGCUUACAACCUUACCAAUGUUAAGGCCCAGCAAGGCCAGUUCCAACAGCAGCUAUGGGCCCAGCCCCAUCCCCAGCCUCAAAUUCAACCCCAGCCAUAUUUCCAGCCUCAGCCACCUCCCCAGACCCAAAUUCAACCCGCAACCCAUUUGCAGCCUCAGCCCCUCUCUCAGACUCAUUCUCAGUCCCAGAUCCAGACCCAGCUCAAACUUCAGCCUCAGCCCCACUCUCAACCUCAUUCUCAGCCCCAGAUCCAGCCCAAGCUUCAGCCUCAACCCCCCCCUCAGCCACAGCCUGAGCCCCAGAUCCAGAUGGCGCCCAAGCCCCAGACCCAUAUCCAGCCUCAACCCCACUCACAGCCCCAGACCAAGCCUCAGACUCAGCCCCAGCCCAUGAUCCAGCCCAUGCCCCAGCCCCAACCAGAGCCACCACCCCAGCCCAGUAUCCAGCCCCAGACCAAACACCAGCCACCUCCCCAGCCCAAUAUCCAGCCUCUUCCCCAGGUCAAGCUUCAGCUCCAGCCUAAGACCCAGCCCCAGGUCCUUUUCGAGCCUCAUCUCCUUCCCCAGUCACCACCAGAUUCCCCAGAGCUCCAGAUGAAACCCCCAGCUCUGGCCCAGGCCCCACCCCAGGCUUACACCGAGGCCUAUGCCAAAGCUCAGGCCCUGGCCAGGAACCAGUUUGAGGAGGCCAAGCACUGCCUGCAGGAGCACAUCCUGGCUGCCAUUAAUGUCUUCAAAGACAAACACAUAUCUAUCGAACAAGUUUCAGUUAAGGAGGAGACCCUGAGGACCCUGGACCCUGAGCUGUUGAAAGUGUUCCUGAGGGCAGCAGAGGGUAUGGAGGCCUUCUGCACCAUGCCUCAGCUCAGAGAUAUGGAGUUCUUCACACAGUCUGUCAGGACCCAAUGGGAGGCUGUGAGAGCUGAGACAGCGGCGUUUUUGCAGCAUUUACGAUUUGAAAUGAAGAGAAAAUACUUUAACACAGCUGCCUUGCAGUGUGAGAUGCACUUUAACUCAAAAUUAGCAUCCAAAGCGAAGGCGUGUUUCUCUGCAGAGGGCAGCCUAGCCCAGGCUGGGCAGCACCUGGAGGCCCUGAAGGAGCUGUGUGACACCCUGAGCCCCGAGGAUGCCCACCGUCUGGCCCAGGCUCAGCUCAGGGAGUGUGAGAAAAGACUGGCCGCCAUCCAGCGUCAGUUCAGUGGGGACAGGGAUACACCACCCCCCGACACACCUGGAAUUCCUCUUGACCUGGGGAAAGAUCUGACCCCACAGAGGGAAUCUACAGUGCAGAGUGACAAACCUCCAGGCCCAACUGAGGUUUCACAAGUUGUUGUGAAGACAGUGGUUGUUGAGAAGAGGGUGAUUGACGAGAAGGAGAUUGACAAGCAGGCAGUCAUAGAGGAGGAUCCUGCCAAAAAGGAGGCAUUAGAAAGAUAUGACAUUACUAAGAAGACUGUUCAGGCUCAACUAGCCAAGAUCGAGCAGAAUUCCCAGAGAGACCUGGCCGCUGACUCAGUCUCUCUCAAAGACCUGCACACACGUCUACAGGAGAUACAGACAUUGUGCCAGGACACAGAGUCUCUGUGGCCUGAGUUUGGCCACCAGUGUUCUCAGAGCUCCCAGUACAGUGGGGAGAGGGGUGAUGGUGGUGUGAGUGUGGAGCACGACCAAGCUGAGCUGAUGAAGCAGUGGAGAGGCCAGCAGUCAGCUCUGCAUAGGAGAGGCAGCUCUCUGGGGGCAGCUCUGAGACAGAUAGACUCCACAGAGCACCACGUUGUUGACUUCUCCGAACGCCUCGACUGCUUCAUCAGAGAGCCCAAGGACAUCAACGCAUUUACACUGGCCAACACCAACAUCCUGACGGACAUCAAGGCCCUGGAUGAGAGCAUUCAGAGAGAGCUGGACCAGCUGUCUAGUUUUGACUCUGAUUCCAGUGAGCUGGAACCCAGUGAUCGCUCUCCUUUGACCCGUGUGGUCAAGACCCACAGAACCAGUCUAGACAAGCUGAGACAGCAAGUCCGUAAGAGCGAGGCGGCCGCCAGGGCCCUGGACCGCUUCCUCAUGUCCCUGCGCACCGUAGAGCAGGACAUCUCUGGAGUACAGGGUGCCCCCUGCAGCGAUGCGUGGGUAUUGCAGGACUGCCGCUCCAAGCUGGCCCUGAUCAGGCAGAGUGUGGACAGUCUGGGGGACAAGGCCCCCCAGCUAGACUUGCUACUCCAGGGGGCCAGGCUGUCUGUGACUCGGGACGGUGCCCCAGCCUCCUGCCUGGACAUGGUGUCUGCCUUGGUGCUGCGGCUUGAGGAGGCUGACGGCGGUCUGGUCAGCCAGCAGCACAGUGUCCAGAGGGAGCAGGAGAUGAGGGGCCUGGGCCUGAGGAGGAGGACUCUGCUGGCGGAGCUGAGGAAGGUGCAGGAGGCAGCAGAGAGACACGGACUAAAGGAGCCAACCAUGCCUGCUGUGCAGCAGAGGCUGCGUGUCCUGUCUGACCUGGAGAGCCAACUGAACUCCCAGCGCUCUGAGCUCCAGAGACUCCGGGAGGCCCACUCUCAGGGCCAGGAGGGAGAAGGCAAUCCCCUGGAGGAGCUGAAAACCCAGUGGGAGGACACCCAGAGAGCUGUGGCUGACAGACAGGAACAGUGCAACAUCCUGUUGGAACUACUAAAGAUGUUCCAGAGCUGUCGCAGUUACUUAAGCACCACCAUGCAGAAGGCGGAGCAGACCAUCAGUGAGCAGGCCUCCUACAUGGGCAAGGAGAACCUGCAGAGGCUUAUAGCUAAGGUCCAUGGUAUAAAGCAGGAUCUGAGUGGCUUGGGGACAGGCAUGGAGGAUAUCAGGGGGGUGUGCAGACAGCUGCAGUCCCAUCUGAAGAAGAUCCCUGACUGUAAUGAGACUCCAUUUGAGGCCGAGGCUGAUGGACUGGUGGACCAGUGGCUGGAUGUGACAGAGAAGACAGACUCCUGCUUAGAUAACCUGCGCAUGGGGCUGGAGCUGUGGGACAAGCAGCUGAUGUUAGGGGGAGAGGUGGACGGCUGGGCGGGGGCCAAACUUGCCCUGUUUGCAGAGAGCCACCCCUUCCAGAACGAACAGGAGGUCCUGACCAUGAGGGAUGAGAUCCAUGCCCAUGAGGAGAACAUUGAGCGUUUCCACAAGAAGUCCAUUGAGAUCCAGGAGCUUCUUCAAACCCAAGAGGCCCCAUUGGAGCUACAGGUGAUGGAGACCCAGCUGAGGAAGAAGAUGGAUCAGGUGGACGAGCUAUUCUCCGACAGCACUGAUGUCUUCCAGGAGCUGAUCGCUGUAAAGAGACACCUGGCAGAGAAGAUGACAGAGUGCCAGUCUGCCCUGCACAACAUCCAGUCCUCUCUGGGCAUGCUCAGUAUGCCAGGAGACCAGGCCCAGAUGCAGGAUCUGUGUGAGCAGCUACAGGCCCAGGAGGAGCAGGCAGGGUCAGUGCUGAAGGAGGUGGGUCUCAUGUCCAGUGUGGCCAGCCCCCAGGUGCUACAGACCCUGUCUAUAGACUGCACCAGGCUCAGAGAGAACAUCUCACACACCAAAUACAUGAUCCACCAGAAACGGGAGGAGGGAGAAAAGGGCCUCAUCAAGGUCAUCAAAAAUGAGAGCCAUUUGUUUGAAGAGUGGUUCCAGGACCUGCAGUUGUCUGUGAACGAGUGCUUUGAGAACCCAAUGUGUAAACAGGAUGUGGAGGCAUCCAUGAAAAGACUGGCUUGUUUCCUGGCGUCUAAGGAUGGUGAGAAGCGUCUGGGUCAGGUGAGAGAGCACCUGGAGAGAGGCAGAGAGCAGGUUCCGCCAGAGCAGCUGGCCCACCUGAAAAGCUGGCUGGGGGAGCAGGAGAAGGAGCUGGCCACAUUCAGAACCCACUGUCAGGGCAGACAGAGCCAGCUGGACACUGUCCUCAGAACCCUCAACAGUCUACAGCAGGAACAUGAGCGUUUCCAUGACUGGCUUCAGGCCUGGGAACACAAGUCAGUGGAAGGAGAACAAGUCAACAACUUUCUCAAAGAUCUCCACAAAGAAAGUGAGAGAGUGGAGGCCCUCAGUGAGCUGUGUUCGUCGGUGCGGAGGCAGGGUCUGAGAGGGGACAGCCUGCUGACUGACACUGACGACCUCCUGCAGCGCUACCGGUGCUUGGAGGCCAGACUGCAGCAGCAGGCUGAGACCCAGAGAGUCCUGGAGGAGACCAGUAGGAGGUUUGAUACCCAGACUGACAGCACCAGGACCUGGGUUAGAGACCAGCAACAACGACAGCAUCACCAGAUCCAUAAAGAGGAGAGAAUACACACAGCACAGGCCAUUCUCAGUUCGAGACCUGAAGGAGACUCUAAGCUGCAGGACUUGAGGAGACAAGGUCAAAGUCUGUGUGAACAUCAGGACCUGGAGGAGAACAGGAGACGAGAGGUUCAGCAGACAGUCAGAGACAUGGAGGAGGAGUGGAGGAGAGUCCUGCAGACUGCUGAGGAAACUCUUACCAAAGCUGAGAUGCAGAGUGCUAUCGAAGGCCAGCUGAGAGUGUUUGACUCCCAGACAGAAAGUACCAGGACCUGGGUCAGAGACCAGCAGCAGCAACUCCACUCUCUGGGCAACCAGGCCAAGACUGAGGACCAAAGACACACAGCACAGACCAUCCUGAGUUCCAGACCUGAGGGAGACUCUAAGCUGCAGGACUUGAGGAGACAAGGUCAAAGUCUGUGUGAACAUCAGGGCCUGGAGGAGAGCAGGAGACGAGAGGUUCAGCAGACAGUCAGAGACAUGGAGGAGGAGUGGAGGAGAGUCUUGCAGACUGCUGAGGAGACUCUUACCAAAGCUGAGAUGCAGAGUGCUAUCGAAGGCCAGCUGAGAGACUUGGAAACCCAGAAGGAGAACUCCAGGGCCUGGAUCAAAGGCCAACAUCAACGCUUACUUUCUUUGGGCAGCCAGGCCAAGACAGAGAACAGAAUGCAAACUGCACAGGCCGUCCUGAGUUCCAGACCUGAGGGAGACUCUAAACUGCAGGACUUGAGGAGCCGAGGUCAAAGUCUGUGUGAACAUCAGGACCUGGAGGAGAGCAGGAGACGAGAGGUUCAGCAGACAGUCAGAGACAUAGAAGAGGAGUGGAGGAGAGUCCUGCAGACUGCUGAGGAGACUCUUACCAAAGCUGAGAUGCAGAUUGCUAUCGAAGGCCAGCUGAGAGUGUUUGACUCCCAGACAGAAAGUACCAGGACCUGGGUCAGAGACCAGCAGCAGCAACUCCGCUCUCUGGGCAACCAGGCCAAGACUGAGGACCAAAGACACACAGCACAGACCAUCCUGAGUUCCAGACCUGAGGGAGACUCUAAGCUGCAGGACUUGAGGAGACAAGGUCAAAGUCUGUGUGAACAUCAGGGCCUGGAGGAGAGCAGGAGACGAGAGGUUCAACAGACAGUCAGAGACAUGGAGGAGGAGUGGAGGAGAGUCUUGCAGACUGCUGAGGAGACUCUUACCAAAGCUGAGAUGCAGAGUGCUAUCGAAGGCCAGCUGAGAGACUUGGAAACCCAGAAGGAGAACUCCAGGGCCUGGAUCAAAGGCCAACAUCAACGCUUACUUUCUUUGGGCAGCCAGGCCAAGACAGAGAACAGAAUGCAAACUGCACAGGCCGUCCUGAGUUCCAGACCUGAGGGAGACUCUAAGCUGCAGGACUUGAGGAGACAAGGUCAAAGUCUGUGUGAACAUCAGGACCUGGAGGAGAGCAGGAGACGUGAGGUUCAGCAGACAGUCAGAGACAUGGAAGAGGAGUGGAGGAGAGUCCUACAGGCUGCAAAAGAGGCGCUGGAUCGGGCUGAGGUACUAGAAAAAGAGCUGAGAGCUUUUGAAACCUGGAAGGAAGGCACUUGGGUCUGGGUGAAAGACCAGAAACAACAGCUACACUCUCAGAGCAGCCAGACCAAGACUGAAGAGAGACUACAUACCGCACAGGCUGUCCUGAGUUCCAGAUCUGAGGGAGACUCUAAGCUGCAGGACUUGAGGAGACAAGGUCAAAGUCUGUGUGAACAUCAGGACCUGGAGGAGAACAGGAGACGAGAGGUUCAGCAGACAGUCAGAGACAUGGAGGAGGAGUGGAGGAGAGUCCUGCAGACUGCUGAGGAGAUUCUUACCAAAGCUGAGAUGCAGAGUGCUAUCGAAGGCCAGCUGAGAGACUUGGAAACCCAGAAGGAGAACUCCAGGGCCUGGAUCAAAGGCCAACAUCAACACUUACUUUCUUUGGGCAGCCAGGCCAAGACAGAGAAUAGAAUGCAAACUGCACAGGCCGUCCUGAGUUCCAGACCUGAGGGAGACUCUAAGCUGCAGGACUUGAGGAGACGAGGUCAAAGUCUGUGUGAACAUCAGGACCUGGAGGAGAGCAGGAGACGAGAGGUUCAGCAGACAGUCAGAGACAUGGAGGAGGAGUGGGGAGAAGUUCUUAAGGCUGCAAAGGAGGUGGUGGAUAAGGCCGAGGUUCAGAGUGUCAUAGAGAGGGAAAUGAUUGAAUAUGUUACCCAGAAGGGAAGCAUUCAGGCCUGGGUCAGAGACCACAAACAACGCCUACACUCUCUGGGCAGCCAGAGCCAGACUGAUGACAGAAUAAACGUAGCACAGGCUGCCCUGAGUUCCAGAUCUGAGGGAGACUCUAAGCUGCUGGACUUGAGGAGACGAGGUCAAAGUUUGUGUGAACAUCAGGACCUGGAGGAGAGCAGGAGACGAGAGGUUCAGCAGACAGUCAGAGACAUGGAGGAGGAGUGGAGGAGAGUCCUGCAGACUGCUGAGGAGACUCUGCGUCAGGCCCAGGUGUGGUAUUCUCUCUCCAGGCAGCUAGAGGCCUUCCAGGCCCUGGAGGAGAGCAGCAGAGCCUGGUUCCAACUGCAGCAGCAGAACACACAGUCCCUGGGAGCAGGCACCCGGGGCAGCAAGGAAGAGAUCCAGGACAGGCUGCAGAGAGCAACGGCUGUCCUGAGUUCCAGACCUGAGGGAGACUCUAAGCUGCAGGACUUGAGGAGACAAGGUCAGAGUCUGUGUGAAAGCCAGGCCCUGGAGGAGAGCAGGAGACUAGAGGUUCAGCAGACAGUCAGAGACUUGGAGGAGGAGUGGGGAGAAGUUGUACACAAUGCUGAGGUGGUGCACAGACUGUUGCAAGGUGUGGUGGAACGCCUGGUGACCUGUCAGUACCAGAAGUGUCAAGCCCAGUCCUGUCUGGCUGAGGUCCAGCACCAGACAGCAGAGCUGCCCCGUCACUUCCCCUGGCCUGGGCUGGGAGACCGGGGGCAGGCUGUGGAGACGGCCAGGACCCUGCUGGAUAAAACCAGGAACCUGGCCCCAGCCCUGUCUGUCCUCCACACCCAGGGCAAGGAAAUGUUCCAGCUUACCCAGGACCCCAGCUGGACAGACCUCUUCUGGGCCACCAUGGAGGAAUGCAUCCCUGCCCUUCUCCAAGAACUGACGGAGGCCUGUGUGAGGAUGGAGGAGGGCAUCCACAUGGAGAGGCACUGUGCCCAGCUAGUGGAACAGCAUGGGGCAGCCCAGGACUGGCUGAGGGAGCAUGUGAAGGGUAUGGGCCCCCAGCCCACAGACAGACAGGCUCUACACAGCUACGCCAACACCCUGAAGGCCCUGCUCCAGACUGUCGACAGGGAGGAGAGGGAGAUGAGGGAGCUGGACGCAAUCCGAGACACCCUGCUGAGCCACUGCACCCCUGCCGGUCGUGACACCCUGACCCUGGAGGUCAGCCACCUCCACGACCUCCUCACUUCUUCUGAGAGGGAGAUGACGGAAAGGCUGGCAGGCUGCGAGGCCCAGCUGAAGGAGCUGGAUGCGAAGAUGGCCAAGAAGGCCCAGGGCCUGAGGGAGAGGGCCAAAGCCCUGCAGUGGGAGCUCCGUUCUCUGGACCAGGCCCUGAGCUACAGCGAGCCACACCCCAACAUAGCCCAGCUCCAGCAGCACUGGCACAGCCUCAAGAACUGCGAGAGGUCAUUGGAGGGGUUAGGGCUUAAAGUUCAUGACCUGCGUCAGGCUGCCAGAUCUGCAUCCACAGAGGAGGACCUUCCCGCUGAAGUCAUCUCCAUAAUGGAGUUACUGAGCCAGCAGCACGACAGUCUGAAGACCAGGUUGGGUGAGAGGCAGAGCUGCUGCACUGAGAACACAGCUCGCUGCCUCACAGCCUCUGUUCAGCUUCUGCAGCAGUGGAACCACUCCUCACCCACACGGACAGCCCCCUCCAUCCAGGCUGCAUUAGAGGAGGGUGUGCAGUUCCAAAAGGCCCUGAAGGAGGUGCUGUCUCACAGACAGUUCCUGGUGGACUGCCUGAAGCCUGACCAAGCAGACAGACUGGAGAAAGACACCACUGCAACACUCAGGGAUGCAGACACACACAGCACCUUUCUCACCAAGACUCUGAAAGAUGUAGCUGAGAAGAGUAAACAGAAAAUAGAUGUGACUCAGCUCGUUGCUGUCACCUCAGUCCAGACAGAAGACAAACCAGCCGCACCACCUAGGAGGACAGCCAAGACGAAGCAGACAGAGAAAAUCAUACCACAGCCACUCCCCCCUGUCACAGAGAAAAUCAUACCACAGCCACUCCCCCCUGUCACAGAGAAAAUCAUACCACAGCCACUCCCCCCUGUCACAGAGAAAAACAUACCACAGCCACUCCCCCCUGUCACAGAGAAAAACAUACCACAGCCACUCCCCCCUGUCACAGAGAAAAACAUACCACAGCCACUCCCCCCUGUCACAGAGAAAAUCAUACCACAGCCACUCCCCCCUGUCACAGAGAAAAACAUACCACAGCCACUCCCCCCUGUCACAGAGAAAAUCAUACCAGUCAAACAAGAGACUUCAGCUGUCACUGCCAUGGUGCAUACUGAAGCCCCAAGUUCAGGGUCUGUCAUGACACAAGAACUGGCAAAGGAGAAUAAAACUGCUGUCACACAGGUGCCAAAAGCUGCAGUAGAGCCUAAACAGAGCACGAUAGUGACCACUCGAUCGGUUGAAACCGACAUAACUUCCACCACCAUCCAAAUACAAGAUACCAAGAGUCGAUCGUCUGAGACCCUGAUGACAGAGAGAACUGCAGUCAAGGAGCAUGGUGAUACUCAUGUUACAAGAGUAGAGACUACAACUGUGAAGACGGUUAGUCAGGCAACUGACCAGAUAGACCAGGGCCUUGAUCAGGAGACAUCUUUGACAGAUGCCCUACGCUCACAGCAUGCUUAUAUUGACUCUGAAAAACAACGUAGUCAUGACGACACACAAGUAAAACAAUCUCAGGUAAAACAAGCUCACGUCCCUGACACAAAAAGCCAAGUGUGUUAUGAUGUCGACACACCGCAGCCACUAGAAAAUAAAUUGUCCUCUGUCAUUCUGGACACUGACACUGUGUAUGUGCAGACACCAGAGAUGUGGCCACUGAUGAGCAGUGACACUGCACUUAUCAUAUCCUCCGGAGCAGUAGUGCUUGAUACUGACAAAAUGGACUCGGACACUCAGUCCACCAGUCACAGUCCACAGCAGACAGAAUCACAGGACUCCACGGUAAGGCCCAGUGAACACCCUGAGAAUAGGCUUCCCCAGUCCCAGCCGGACAGAGCUGUGGAGAACAAGGUCAAGUAUGACACUGAGGAGUUAUGGAAGGACAGCAAGACUGAGACUGAACAACCAGACCUUAUACUGGACUUGCCUGAUGUGGCUCAGCCCACUGCUGUUGCCUCUUUCCAGACUGUAGUCAAAGCACCACCCCCGUCCACACCACCUCGUAACAAGAGAAAAGCCAAGAGCCAGCAGGCCCAGCCCUCUAACACACAGCCUGCUGUGGAGAACAGGGUCAAGUAUAACACUGAGGAGUUAUGGAAGGACAGCAAGACUGAGACUGAACAACGAUACAUUGUACUGGACCUGCCCACAGUGAGCAAUGUGGCUGUACCUCCUGCUGUCACCUCAACCCAGACAGAUGACAAAGCAAAGGCACCAUCCACACCACCUCGUAACAAGAGAAAAGCCAAGAGCCAGCAGGCCCAGCCCUCUGACACACAGCCCGACACAGCUGUGGAGGACAGUGUCAAGUAUAACACUGAGGAAUUAUGGAAGGACAGUGAGACUGAACAACGAUACAUUGUACUGGACCUGCCCACAGUGAGUGAUGUCCAGAAAGAGCCUGUUGCUAAUGCUGUCACUUCAAUCCAGACAGAAGACAAAGCUAAAGCACCAUCCACAUCGCCUCGUACCAAGGAGACAGCCAAGAGCCAGCAAGCCCAGCCCUCUAACACACAGCCUGCUGUGGAGAACAAAGACAAGUAUAACACUGAGGAGUUAUGGAAGGACAGCAAGGAUAACACUGAACAACGAUACAUUGUACUGGACCUGCCCACAGUGAGCGAUGUGGCUGUACCUCCUGCUGUCACCUCAACCCAGACAGAGGACAAAGCAAAGGCACCAUCCACACCACCUCGCACUAAGAAGACAGCCAAGAGCCAGCAGGCUACAACCCAGGCCCUUCUACCCCAGGCCUCUAACAUACAGCCCAACACAGCUGUGGAGAACAGGGUCAAGUAUAACACUGAGGAAUUAUGGAAGGACAGCAAAACUGAGACUGAACAACGGUACAUUGUACCGGAUCUGCCCACAGUGAGUAAUGUCCAGAAAGAGCCUGUUGGGAACGAGGACAAACCAAAAGCACCAACUCCACCAGCACCUUCCGCAUCACCCCUGACCUCUGAGAUAAGUAAACAGAAGGCUGAUGUGGCUGUACCCCUUGCUGUCACCUCUAUCCAGACACAAGUCGAACCAAAAGCACCAGUACCAUCCACACUGCCCCGGACCAAGAAGACAGCCAAGAGCCAACAGUCUCCCACCCAGGACAGUCAGCAAGCUAAGCCACUGUCACACACCCCUGUCAAAGAGAAAACCAUACCAGUCAAACAAGAAGCUUCAGCUGUGACUAAACCGGAGAGCAAGGUAAUUGGUUCUGAUCAACCCAAUCAAACAAAGACACACGUCACUAAGACAGUGCAGUCAGAGAAAGCAGAGACAGUGUGGACUGAAAUUGACAUAUCUCAGGCAGAGGUUAGCAAAGCAUGCCUACCACAGACUCAACCAGAACCCUCCAAAGCAACGAGUGACAGAGCUAUUGAGGUUGAGGACAAAGGGACCUGGGAAGAGCAUGCUAAAGAGUGGAGAAGUGAACAUGACCAAUGUGAGGUGCAAGAAAGUCUGACCGAACCAAAGGUGAAGUUGGAGGCUACUGCCCAAACAGACAGAAAACAGUCAGCUAAAAUCGAAAGUGAGAGUCAGUCAGUGAGUGAAAAACAGCCAAAGAGAGAUGCUGCCCAACCAAUCAAACAACAUGGAGCUACAGCUGCAACUGAGAGCACCAGAAAAGAAGACAGGGAGAGCAGCACUAAAGGCCAGCCAGAGCAGCAACAGGUGUGCAGCACAGAGAAGCCAGAAGCUCCUGUUGAGGCAGCAGUCCCUGUUGUAAAGAAGGAGACUCUAACCCCAGACCCUUUUGUGAAAAAAGAGACCCCAGCUGUACCAGAAGGACCCACCAUGCAGGACAUCUUCACUGACAUCCAGCGCCUGUCACAAACUGGACCAAAGAGCAUUCUCAUUGAGAUUAAACCUUGGGAGGACCCCAUGAGGAUUCUGAACACGUCUCUGGCUGACCUGCAGGCUCGUCUGAGCAGGCUGGUGGUCAGGGUACUGGGCUGCAGAAACCGCCCUGCAGACCUCAGCCCCGCAGCCAUGGCUUUGCAGGUGGAGGAGGCCGAGGAAUGCAGACAGGCUGCUCAGACCCAGGUGUCUGUGUUCUCCCAGCCCAGAGAGGCUCAGACUGCAGACCGGGAGGCCUUUGAGCAUGUGGAGAGCCAGUGGGGCACAGCAGUGUGGGAUGCCUCGGAAGCUGUCCACUGUAAGGAGGCCCAGCUGCAGCUGGUCACUGAGACGGACAGGCAGACACAGACAGUCAAGGCCACUCUGGAGAAACUGUCUGGAGAGCUGGAGGCCCUCACAACAUCCCCUGUGGAGAGCAGCUCAGCAGAAGCUGAGGAGCUACGUUCCUUUCUGCGGGGUAUGGAGGAGGACAGGACCGUCAUGGGGGAGCUGACCCUCACUCUCACCAAGCUGUCCCCCCACCUGAACCAGGCAAAGCGAGCUGCUGCACAGAUCCAGCAGAUAGGCCUGCAGGAAGAGUGGAGGUCACUGGAGAGAGCUUCAGAGAAGACCCUGUACUGUGUCAAUGGCUAUGCCAGGGAAACCAGCAGCCUUCUCGCAGAGAUCUCCUCUCUUCAGGAGCAACUGGAGGUCAUAGGAAAGGCUACAGGCUCACCCCAUUCUACUACAAUCCAGUGGGACAGCAAGAGGGCCCAGGAGCUGAUGAUGGUGAAUGCUGAGCUGACUGCAGCUCAGCAGAAAUACCUCUACCUGCAGCAGGGCUCAGAGGCUCUGGCCCACAGCUCCCUAUAUGAGAAGGAGACGAGGCAGAUAGAACAGGGGCUCCAACAGGUCAAGGAGCAGCUGGAUCGUGUUGGAGAGCAGGUGUCCUCUCAGACCCCCAGCAGUGACAACCCUAUCAUGAAUAAGAUCCACAAGGUAAUGAUGGAUGCCUUUGCCUGGGCCAAGCAGAUGGAGAGCGACAUCGAGGGCCGGAGGAGGAAGGUGGCCCUGCUCCCUGAGGGGGUGCAUCGGCAGAUCAAAGACCUGAAGAAGCUGCAGUGGGAGAUGGCGGCCAAGCAGGCCCAGCUGGAGGCCCUGGUGGAGGAGGUGGAGGAGCUGCUCCCAGAGCUGGACCAGGCUGAUGAGGUCCCCAUGGUGCACUCCUCCCUGGUCAGCCUGGAGAGUCUGUCCAGGUCCACCACAGAGAAGCUAGCCAAGGCUGUGAAGGAGAUGGAGUCAGGCUUGCAGACUAGAGAGAAUAUGUCAGAGCAGAUAGCAGACCUGGACUCCUGGGUGGUGGGUCACCUCCAUAGAGAAGCCUCCAGGAGGGGAGAGGGGGAGGGCCAGAGUGCUAAAGACCUGGAUCGCCGAGUCAGACAGAUUCAGGAGACCCUGGUAGAGGCGGAGAAACAGGCUGCUGUGUCCGAGGCUCUUCUCAUGAGGAGCAGAGACAUUGCCUCUGAGCUCAGCAUCACAGAGAACUGCCUCCUCAAUGAGAAACUCACAAACCUCCAGGAGGACAUCAAGAGCAUCAUCAGCUAUGAGAAAGCUAACCAGCAGGAGCUGGAGGAACUCCUUCAGACUCAAGAUGCAUCUAGGCAGAAGGUGACCACGGUGGAGAAGAGCCUGAGACAGAUGCUGGUGGACCUAAACAGACACAGGUUCCCGGUCACCAGGCAGACUCUAAGCACCAUUGAGCCGUUUAAACACAUGAUCAUGGAGCACAAGUGCCAGGUGGACAAGCUGCAGCCCUUCAUCCCUGAGGAGAAGAAACAAGAGCUGCUGUGUGUCAUUUCCCAGUUGCACUGCAACAUGAGCACGCUGAGUAUGAAGGCCAAAGAACACGAGAGGUACCUCACCUUCAGGCAGUGUGUGGAGGAACUGCGGGAAAAUGUGGAGGAGCAGGUCCUCCAGACCAAGGAGGAGAACAGGGGGGAGGAGGAGAGGUACACGACUGGUCAGGUCAUCCUCACUCAGCUCCCUCUGAUAAAGAGACUGUGUGAGGAGGCUGCCGAUGAGCUGCAGAGCAUCUCCCAGGACCUCUAUCCCUCACAGCUGUCUGCAGAGCGUGGGCGGCUUAAGCAGAACCUGGAGAGCUUCCAAACCUGGGAGAUGACUGUGAUCAACAACAUCCAGAUCCUGGAGUGGGGCCUGCUGAAGGAGGUGCACCUCCAGUCAGAGCAGAGAGCUGUGCUGGCCUUCCUAAGGGACAUCCAGCGGGAGCUGCAGCAACCAUGCCAAGUGGAGCCCACAGAGGAAGCCGUCGACAAGGAGCACUGGAGGAUUGUGACCCUGCGGAUGACCGUGGAGUGCAGACUGAGGGUGUUGAAGAUUCUAGAGCGCAAGAAAGGAACUAGGCAGCAGGAUGGAUCCCCGGAGUAUAGUGAACUGAUGGACCUGAAGAAUGCAAUCCUGAAUGAAUGUGACUUACGAAUGGAGAGCGUUUCCCAGGCACGGAAUUCUUUGAGAGACUACACUGGAGCUGUGAGUGGUGCUGUCAGGUUCCUCCAGGAGGCUGAGGCCCUGCUCCAUCCCUCAUUAGCCCCAGUCGGAGGUUGCCUUGAGAGGCUGAGGGACAUCCAGCAGGCCCUGGCCUCCAUGGAGGAGCAGCUCCAUUCCCAUAUAAGCCAGAUCCAGACCCUGGCCUUCCAGCAUGACUACCUUUGCCCCCAGAUGGUGGAGCGUCUACAGAGGGAGGUGCUGAGCCAGCUCCUGGUGCGGAUGUCCACCCUCCAGGCCCAGGCCCAGCUCAAACUGGAGGCCCUGCAGAGGUGUGCUGAGUAUCACAGAAGGUAUAGGAAGUGCCAUGAGGAGAUCUGCCAGUGUGUAAAGAGCGCAGAGACCCAUCUCUCCUACUGUCACUCUCACAAAGUCAGCUCUCUCACAGACUGCACCGACCAGCAAGCUAAGCUAAAGGCUCUGUCUGAGGAGGUGGACUCUGUAACUGGGCUUCUAAAGUGUUUGGGGGAGUGGUGCCCGGAGCAGGGUUGCCGUUGCAGCAGGGAGGGGGCGGUGAGCGCGCUCUGGAGGCAGGUGGCAAGACUGCAGCGUUGCACCCGCAAUCUGAAGACUCACUCAAAUCAGAGGGCAGACGAAUGGAGUGAUAUUACAAAGAGCGUGGAGCGAGCGUCCAUCAUGCUGGAGCAAGUGGAGGCUGAGCUGCCAAAUGACUCCAGGGAGAAGGUGUGUGGGGAAGAGCUGCAGGUGCUGCUGUUGUACUGGGACCAGUACCAGGACAGGCUAGACUGUGAGCACCGAGCUCUCUCAGCUCUCGAGCUCCGCAUCGCCAGACUGCUGGGCGUCCCCGCCCACCUGGAGCAGGCCCCGCCCAACCCGCUGUGUCAACAGUUGCAGGUCAUGCAGGACCGCUAUGGCAGUCUGAAGGAGAAGAGCAUGCUGGGACGGUGUGUGGUGCGGACAGAGGUGGAGGAGAGGGACAAGGUGAGGGAGGAGCUGAGUGGGGUGAAGGCGUGGCUGGUGACUGCAGAAGACCUCCUGUCACAGCUGGAGCAGUGUCCCAACACACAUAAGCUACAUGAGGUUCACACCCAGCUGUGUACCCAGAAGGCAGUGCUACAGCGUAUCAUGGAGGGUCUGAGGAUGAAGUACUCGGACAUGUACACCCUGGUUCCCGUGGAGAUAGAGGGGCCGCUACAGGACGUGACACACUCACUGCAGGAAGUAGAGGAGAAGGUAGGGGAUGUAAUGGAGAAGAGCGGUCCCCUGCACAGACUGGGAGCCAAGGUGUCUGAGAUCAAGGCUGGUCUGGGAUCAGUGCAGGACAAACUGCAGCAGAGAAGCCCCUCUCUGUCGGAGGCAGAAAGCACACAGAAGCGUGUGUGGGACGAGCUGGACAUGUGGCACUCCCGUGUGGCAGCGUUGGAGGUGGAGGUGCAGGAUCUGGAACAGGCUGAGGAGGCCCAGGUCCUCACAGAGAGCCUGACGGAGGCCCAGCUGCUCCACUCACACAUGGCCAAGCAGGCAGAGCAGAGGACCGCCUUCCUCAGCAAGAUCAGCACAUGGUUACAGGAGCAUGAUGAGAUGAUCAACAGCUCCAACAGUUGGCUAACUGAGGCUCAGUCCUGGCUCACUGCUCCCUGUACCUACACUACAGCCAAAGAUUUGGCCAGCUACGUCCACGCACUACAGAUGGUGCUGGAUGACUCUCAGCAGAUCCGCAUCACUCUGCAGGGCUUUGUGUCCGUGCUGAAGGAGAUCUCCCUGGUGUGUGACAUCACAGCGCAGCAGGAGCAGCUGGCCGAGGCUGACCGCCAUGUGGCCGCUGUGCAGCAGGGCUUUGUGGCUCCACUCUCCCAGCUAGACCAUGCCGCCGCCGAGGUGGAAGCUAUAGAGACGGAGGUGAAGAUGAUGGAGAAGGACGUCACUGAGAUCAGGACGUUGUUAUCGUCCCCUGACACUCUUCCCAGCCCCAGAGAGGAGAGCCUGAAGGUGUGUGUGGACAGGAUCCAGUCUUUGCGGACGACCAUAGCAGAGAUCCAGAGCUGUAAGCCAGGCCUGUGUCUGCCAGAGAAGGCUGAGGAGACCCUCACUGUCUUUCAGAGAGUGGACCAGCUCCAACAGCAGCUAGAAGAGCUGGAGAAGAUGGUUCCAGGGGAGUUCAUAGUGAAGAAACAGACACUCACUUUACCGCCAGUGAAGGUCCCUGCACCUAGCCCAACUGUACCCACCUCUUCCACAGAGAAUGUUUCUGUGCCCAGCUCAACAUUACCAGCCACUGAGGAAGCAGAUGAGAAUGGAGUGAAACAGGGCCAGAUCCAGAUAGUCCAUGUAGAGGAAGACGCGCUGAAGUCUUCUCCUGAACAGAGACUCAGCUGGGGAACGGAGAAGAGUCGGGACCCUGAGGUUGCAGCAGAAGGGAGCCAUGCUGCCGCUGAGGAAGAAGGGGGAACCACAGCCAUGGAACAGAGUCAGGACACAACUGAACAGGACCUCUCUGUAGUGGGUCUCUCGGUCGCCUCAGGAACAAGUGUGUCCGAAGCUUUAUCAAAACCUGUGGGCACAGUCAGAACACAGUCUCUGUCUGAAAGCAUGGAGCUCAUGGGACAGAGGGGGCUUGCAUGGAGGGGGGAUGACAGCCACCCAGAGGGGCUGAAGACACACAUCAGAGACACACACACACACCCAGGGGGCUCACCUGCUGCACAUAUACUCACAGAGGAUGUGCAGACACUCACUGAGGUCACAGUGGACACAAGUGUCCCCAAAGACAUCCAGACAGUAACUCCAGUCAUUUUAUCAACGAUGAGGCUGUCAAAGGUGGAUAGUAGGCUGGUGUUAUCUGAGGCAGGGCUGGCCUGUCUGGUUCAGCCACCCUCUGAGAAGGCUCUGGUUGUUCCAGAGCAGAGGCCCACAGUGCCCCAGCCAAUGCCCAGAAAGAAAAAAAGUGCACCUCAGACAGGGUUGCUCACGGCACCAUCCCAGCCUAUAGAAAUGGCACUCAAUGUAUCCACUGGACAGACACACACAGCCUCUGAUCUCACACACCAGACACCUGUGCAAGUUAAGGCAUCUACCCCUCUAGCAGCACCUGAGGAGACACCCCCCACCACCACCACCCUGGGCGUGGUCAGCACACACACUGUCCCCCAGACCACACUCAAACCCACCGAAGAGGACAUGGAGGGUGUGCAUCCAGCAGCAACCCUGGCCCCAGGGGUGUUCCCAGCCCCAGCCUUGACUGGGCCCUGCCCCACUCUGGAGGUGCUUAAUGCCUACAGUGAGCAGGCCACCCAGCUAGAGGUUUGGCUGGAGAGAGCCCAGCACACCCUUGGAGUGCUGGAGCGGGCCGCCACUGCCAGCAUGCAGGACAGUGUGGAGCAGCAGCUCCUCACGUGCCAGGAGAUGUUCCUGGAGAUAGAGCAGAAGGUAGCCAGUCUGUCUGUCCUGGAGCAGCAGGAGGGCUCAGCAGGGUCCCACCAGGAGGCUGAGGCCCUCUCCUCCAAACUGGAGCUGCUCAAGACCAGCCUGGUCACCUUCCAGCUGUUGUUGCAGGAGAGACAGAGCCAUGAGCAGAUGCACACCAGCACACAUACAGAGGAGCAGGUGCCAUCACCGUCACCGUCAUCACCCAGAAAGCUUCCUCUAGAGGGCAGACUGCAGCGUAGCGGCAGUGUCCAGGAGAUUCUCUCUUCCUCCAAGAGCAAACUCUUUAGACAGACCAGCUUUCAACAGCAGAAGGAAUUGGAGCAGGAGCUGAGUGAGCAGAGAGGCCUGACCAAGGCUAUCGCCCAGCAGGGGAGUAGAGGUCGUCUCCACAGCCAGGCCCAAAAGGAUCAACCUGAGCCAUCCACACGAGUUCCUGUUGAACCUGAAGGGGGGGGGGACGCAGGGGUCCAAAGGAAGUGGACACACCUUCACAACCAGCUUCUGGCCUUGGAGCAGACUGCACAGCAAGGUCCUUCUGAUGGGACAGACUCAUCUGUGAGUCAGAGCAAUGGAUCAGCCAGUAGUCUCAUUGACUCCCACAGCAUUCAGGACAUACAGACACACAUAUGUCGGCUGCGGGAGCUGGGCCAGACUGCCAGUGAGGUGGUGACUCAGUCUGUGCCGGAUGAGGAGGUUCAUCAGAGGCUGGAUGAGGGUCUGUUUGAGGUGCUAUGUGGGGUGGGCCUAUCUCUGUCCCCACUGACCCGGCUCCUGCCGUCCCCCUCAGGGAAGUCACAUGAGGACACACAGCUCCAGCUGAUGCAACUCGAGACUCUGGCAGCAGAGCUGGUGACCCUGGGUGGUGAGCUGACCUCCCAGGGGUCAGAGGUAAUUGGUGUUUUGGGGUCAGGUGGAGGUCAUCGGUGUGUGGAUCACCUAGGUAAACUCCUGCCUGUGGUCCAGAGCGGUCUGGCUGCCAGAGAGAAGCAGCUGCAGGCCCAACUGGAGAAGACAGGCCAUCACCAGACACUCUUAAAAGAGUUGCAUGCAGCCCUUCUUGCUAAUAAGUUGGCCGUACAACAAAUGACUAACGAAGCUGUCCCUCAAGACACUUGCAAGCAGCUACAGGCUGUGGUGCAGGUCCAGGGAGAGCUGCAGCUUCAGUCCUGCCAGGUGUCCUCCCUGCAGGAGAGGGCAGAGAGACAGGGUCUGCCCUCCACACUCAUAGAGGAGGCCUACAAGCUGGAGGUUGUGCUGGAAAGUGUGUUGGGCUCUGUGGGGGCCAGACGUGAGGAGCUGAGGGCCAGUGUGGAUCUCCAGCAGCAGUUUGAGAGGCUGCUACAUGGCCUGGAAGUGCUGGUCACCCUGGGCUCAGAGCGUCUCUCACAGAGGCCUGGUCUGGAGCUCCACACCAGGACUGAGCUACAGGACUGCCUUAGCACACAUUCGAAGUUCUUCCAGUUCCUGGGGAUCCACCUGGGGACCCUGCAGCACCUAUCCACGAGAGUCGCAGAGAGCACCUUCCAGAGGUGGGAGGGAGGGAUGAGGGGCCUCCAGGAGAGGGUGACCCAACUGCAGCAGCAGGCCCUGGAGAGAGGCACCAGGAUGCAGUGGAUAUUACAGAUAUGGACACAGUGGGAGGAGGAAAGUACCAGUCUGGACACCCUGCUUAGGGAUAUGGACGCUGACCUGUCCAAGAUGCACCUGGAGGAGGACUCAGUGGCACAGAUUUGCGAGAAACUCUCUGUCUAUCAGAAAAUGAGAGCAGUCCUGGAUGAGAGUGGGGCAAAGUUCAGCCGGAUGCAGGAGCAGGGGAGGUGGCUGAAGGAGGCGGGUUGCCAAGGGGUGGGUGUGUUUGGGUGUGGCCUGGAGGCUCGCUGGACCACCUUUCACUUCAGGCUGGAGCAACAACGAGUCAGCACAGAUAGGAACAGGAAACUGUGGAGCAGGUUUUCCCGUGACUUUGUGGCACUGAGCAAGUGGAUCGGUGGGGCCAGAGAACACAUCAACAGUUGGAUCAUUUUCACUCUCACAGCCAAUCAGGAGCGAGAGCUGAAACCCAUUCACUCCCACCUUAACCAGUAUAUGGACUUCACCAAAGAGCUGGAGGUUAGGUCGGCUCUGAAGGCCUCAGUGAUCACCACUGGAACACACCUACUGCAGCUGAGAGAGGCAGAGACGGCGCCAGAGCCCCAGUCUGCUGCGCCAGAGCCUUGCUCUGUACAGACCCAGCUCAGACAGAUAGAGCAGGACUGGGCUGGCAUUCUGUCUGAUAUACCUGCUGUGCAGCAGACUCUGCAUCAGUUGUUGAUGGAGAGGCUGUCCCCACAGGGGGCCUUGACAGAGCUGCUAGCCUGGGUUGGAGAGACUGAGGCCAGGCUGGAAGAGCAGCGGGAUAGGGUCCACCAAACCACCUCCACCAACGCGAACCUCAACCUAGUCCUUCAGAGCUUCAAGGUGUGUAAGGCUGAGAUAGCAGUCCGCCAGCUCACAGUGGACUAUGUCAACCAGUCGGAGUUGCAGACGAGCAGAGGGAGAUAUGAACACCCAGAUUAUGCUGAUGAGCUGGGCGGUCUUAACCACCGCUGGCUCAGUCUACAGGGCACCCUCAACAACCAGAUCCAGGAUGUUGAACAGGAGCUGAGGAUGUGCACAGAGAGACAGGUCAGACUGCAGCACCACCACACCUGGCUCACCAGUCAGAGAGAGUGGAUGGGCUCAGCCCAGAGGCCCGUCAGUCACUCUGAGGUGGAGAAGAGCUUAAGAACCUGUGAGGGUCUGGAGGAGAAACUCUCGCUAAAUUAUACAGCUCUUCAAGAGUUGAGAGAGAAACACCUCACAGGAAAAGAGGAUGGCACCUGUGCCUUCAUCACUCAGACAGAUGAUCUCAUUAAGGCCUGUACAGCCCUCAGUCAAGAGAACCAAGCUGUGCGACAGAGACUGAAACAGGUAUUGGAGCUGUGGGCUGGGUUUGAGAAAGGACUGAAUGAUGCAACACUGGACACAGUGAAGACCUGCCAGGCUAUGGAAUACAGCUGCUUCCCUCAGCUUUCUCUCCAGGCCCUGCAAGGACUCUAUGAAAAGCUCCAGCUUCUAAGGAAGGAGACUGAGGGGUGUGACUCAGAAUGGGACGGUCUGAUCCACACUCUCUCCAUCCUCAGGGACAUGAUCAGUCCUACGGCCACCUUCCUCAUGUCAGAGCAACUGGAUAGAGAGAGAACCAGGUGGAAUAAGGUGAAUCGUGAGCUGGAGAAUCACCUGAAUAGAACUCAGACACUGCUCCAGAUCUGGGGGGCUUAUGCCCGUCUCUCUGUACCUUUCUCCCAACGUCUGCAAACACUGAGGGGUGAUGUCACAGCUCUGAUGAACCAGCCACCUGGUCAGGACAACACUACACAACUGGUUGCAGCCCAGAUACAGGCCGUCCAUAGCCUGCAGGAGAGAACAGACAGUUUACAGACCGACCUGGAGGGGGUGCUAGAGGCCUCUAAGGAACUCAGUGGACGAGUGGAACCCUCGUCUGCCGUCUUCAUCCAAUCAGAGAGCCGUAUGCUAACCCGUGGUGUCCUACAUCUGAGCCAGUCACUGGCCGAUACACUUGGGCAUCUCCAGGAAGAGCAUGAGCAGCUCCAGGAGUUUGAGAGUGUCUUGGCAUCCCUUGAGAAACACCUUGAGGACUGGGAGGGGAGACUGAAAAGUGUAACCGUGCCUCCACAAAUGUAUAUAUCCAAGAUGGGUCUGCUGGAGCUGAGUGGUUUCUCUCCUGACCUUGAUAUACUGAAUGAGCUGAGCUACAGGCUGACCCUCAGUGACCCUGCCACCCACAGACUACAGAGCCUCAACUGGAGCUGGGCUCAGGCCUCGGCCCGCGCUGUGGAGACCUACAGUGAGUUGCAGACAGAGUCACUGAGGCAACAGAGUUUUCAGGAGAAGUGUGAGAACUGGAUGGACUUCUUACAGACGAUGGAGGACAGCCUAGCAGUAGACCUGGCCAGUACCUACAGCGGCCUGAGAGAGCAGCUACGCACACACCAGAGGUUCCAGUUAGAGAUGUCUAUCGGUCAUCAGAUCCUGCACUCUGUCAUCAAUGAUUCUCUACGUCUGCUGCAGAGGGGAGACGUGGAUGAUAGGAGCGACUUUAUCCUGAAGCUGGCCCAGCUGAGGGAGCACUGGCAGGGGGCUGUGCAGAGGGCAGCUCAGAGGAGCUCCCUGGUGGAGGGGCUAGUCAAACACUGGCACCUCUACAGCCGCAGCCUCAGGAAGCUCCAGAGGUUCGUAGCAGAUGCCCAUGCCCUCCUGCCCCCCACAGGGCCAGCCCACUGCAGCCUGCAGCAGCUCCGAAGCUCCCUCUACGACAUGAAGCACACGGAGCUGCUUUUCCAGAGGUACCAGUGCAGCUACAUCCACACUCUGGAGCUAGGCCGUCAGCUCUUCUCCAUGGGGGACGAACAGACUCAGGCACAGCUGCAGACCGAGCUGGCUACCCUGCAGGAGGACUGGGAGAACCUGCAAGGACUGCUGGAAAAGAGAAAGGACAUAACAAACGCUAUCAUUCAGAACUGGGAGCGCUGCGAGGCCAGACUAACCUAUAGCAUGCAGCAGCUGGACACCAUGCAGACUGGACUGAAGCAGUUGAUCCCAGAACAUGACAAUGAGCUCCAAAUUACAGAGACACUCACUAAGGAGGCUGAGAACUCACUGGAUGACUGGGCUGAGAGCCUGACUGAACUUGCCACCAUGAAGACGGACCUGUCCCAGUACAUCAUUGCUGACGACGUGCUGCUACUCCAGGAACAGGUGGAGCACCUCCACUGUCAAUGGGAGGAACUCUGCCUCAAGGUCUCCCUACGCAAACAGGAGAUAGCAGACCGUCUCAACGCAUGGAUCAUCUUUAAUGAGAAAAACAAGGAGCUUUGUGAAUGGCUGACGCAGAUGGAAAACAAAGUAGCACACAAUGCCGACAUCAGCAUCGAGGAGAUGGUGGAGAAGCUGAAGAAGGACUGUAUGGAGGAGAUCAACCUCUUCAGUGAGAAUAAAACCCACCUGAAGCUGCUUGGAGAGCAGCUCAUCACCGCUAGCAACAAGACCAAGGAGACCGAGGUCAACGACAAGCUGAAGGACAUCAACGACCGCUGGCAGCACCUGUUUGAUCACAUAGAGACCAGGGUGAGGAAGCUAAAGGAGACUCUGGUGACAGUGCAGCAGCUGGAUAAGAACAUGAGCAACCUGCGGACGUGGCUGUCACGGAUCGAGGCCGAGCUGGCCAAGCCCGUGGUCUACAGCGUCUGCCACAGUGAUGAGAUCCAGAGGAAGCUGGCUGAGCAGCAGGAUUUGCAGCGGGACAUUGAGCAGCACACGGAGGGCGUAGCGUCAGUUCUGACUCUCUGUGAUGUUCUUCUCCACGAUGCUGAUGCCUGCGGGAGCGACACAGAGAACGACUCCAUCCAACAGACCACCCGCAGCUUGGACCGUCGCUGGAGGAACAUCUGUGCCAUGUCCAUGGAGAGGAGGAUGAGGAUUGAGGAAACAUGGCGACUGUGGUGUAAGCUCCUGGAUGACUACUCCCGCUUUGAGGACUGGCUGAGGACAGCUGAGCGCACCGCGGCCAACCCUGUCUCGGCGGAUGUCCUCUACACCAGCGCCAAGGAGGAACUCAAGAAGUUUGAGGCUUUCCAGAGGCAGGUCCAUGAGAGGCUGACCCAGCUGGAGCUGGUCAACAAGCAGUAUCGCCGUCUGGCCAGAGAGAACCGCACCGACGCCUCCAGCAAACUCAAGGUCAUGGUUCACGAGGGCAACCAGCGCUGGGACAGCCUGCAGAAGAGGGUGGCCGCCAUUCUCCGUAGACUCAAGCACUUUACCUCUCAGAGGGAAGACUUUGAGGGCACACGGGAGGGUAUCCUGGUCUGGCUCACUGAGAUGGACCUGCAGCUAACCAACGUUGAGCACUUCUCAGAGAGCGACAUCGAGGACAAGAUGAGGCAGCUCAAUGGCUUCCAGCAGGAGAUCACUCUGAACACCAAUAAGAUCGAUGCUCUGAUCGUGUUUGGGGAGAACCUGAUCCAGAAGAGUGCUCCUCUGGACGCCGUGCUGAUAGAGGAUGAGCUGGAGGAGCUGCACUCCUACUGCCAGGAGGUGUUUGGCAGGGUGGCCCGCUUCCACCACCGCCUCAUCAACAGACGCCCGGUUCUGGAGGAGGAGCGGGACCUGUCUGACCGUGACACCGAUCUGGAGGACUCAGCGGAGCUGGCUGGAAGUUCCUGGGGGGAGGAAGAUGAAGAGGAAAAGGAGGAGGAUGAGUCCCGAGUGACGGGCGAGUUAUUGGGACGGCAGGCCGGGUGCCGUCUCUUGGCCCCCCCUCUGGAGUGUUCGGGGCGAGAGACCCCGGUCAGCGUGGACUCUAUCCCCCUGGAGUGGGACCACACUGUGGACGUGGGGGGAUCUUCAUCCCAUGAGGAUGAGGAGGAUGCUACCUACUAUAGCGCCAUGUCAGAUGUAGAAAUCACUGAGAGCUCAGAGUCCUUUGUUAAGGCAACUGCCAAAGCAUUGAGAGCAGUCCCGGUGAAGUCGGUGACAGACCCCCCCAGCUGGCACUCCCCUGAGCCACAGGAGAGGAAACAUGUUCCCAGGGACAUCAUCCUGGGCCUGGGCUCCUCUCCCACCCACAUCACCAGCACCCCCUUUCACCAGCAGGGCUAUGUCAAGCUGAUGUCAGAGUGCAGUGGCAGUAUCGACAGUGUGAAGAGGGUCAAACUGAUCUUAAAUGAUGAGGAGCUGGAGGACCAAGGCCUCACCACGUUAACCACCGCAGACAAACAGACUGGUGUGAUCGAACGCUGGGAGCUGUUGCAGGCCCAGGCCCUCAGUGACGAGCUGUGCAUCAAACAGGACCUGCAGCAGUGGCAGAAGCUGAACUCUGACCUCAAUGAGAUCACUUCCUGGAUGGGCCAUGUGCUGCCAGAGCUAGAGAGGCUGCAGAGGCUGGCCCCGGCUACCAGCAUCCGAGACAUGGAGGGCAACAUCAGGAGACUCAAGGAGAUGCAGAAGACGUUCAACAGCUACAAGUCUCUGAUGAUCUCCAUCAACCUGAGUGGUCAGGACUUCCAGUGUGGGGACAGCGCUGAGCUGCAGGAGCUGCAGGAGGGCCUGAGGACAGCCAAUCACAGCUGGACACAGGCCUGCGCCGGCCUGGAGAGCUGGGAAGAACGACUGCAGAGCGCACUCAUGCAGUGCCAGGAGUUCCAUGAGACUCUGCACUCCAUGUUGCUGUGGCUGGCCAGGUCUGAGAGCACACACUACGCCGUCAACAUCCAUGACCGGUUUGCACAGCACUCUGUCCUGCUGGAGCACAGAGACACACUCAUGGCCCUGGAAGAAGAGUUGCAUGGGCGGCAGCGGCAGGUCUCCUCCCUUCAGGAGAUCUCCUCCCAGCUCCUCCUGGAGGCCACGGCCGAGGACAGCGUCGAGGCAAAGGAGAAGGUCCACGUUAUUGGCAACAAGCUCCGACUCCUACUGCGCCAGGUGGCCAAUGACCUGCACAUCCUGCAAGGCAGGCUGGUACGUCAACAUUGGGAAUCGUGUCCAACCAGCUCUGAGAUGGAUAGUGUUGCUCCGGGAUCGCUCAGCUCUCAACUCCAGCUGCAGAAGGAGAAAGCUGGAAUGAGAGCUGCAGGACUCCAAGACGCAGGCUGCAGAAAGGAGGAGAAGGGGGACUCUUCCUCAGCUCGGCCAUUCUUCUACAGGGUACUGCGUGCUGCCUUCCCCCUCCACCUGCUCUUCCUGCUGCUGCUGGUGCUGGCUUGCCUGGUGCCUCUGUCUGAAGAGGACUACAGCUGUGCCCUGUCCAACAACUUUGCCCGCUCCUUCUACCCCAUGCUGCGCUACACCAACGGCCCCCCGCCCACAUGAGACAGCAACAACACCCACUCCCCUAACACUCACCCCCCUGCCCCCGUCUUUUAAAGUCCCCAUCCACCACUGUCGGAAACUGCCCCGAAAAACAGAGACUGGAGCCAAGCGUUCUGUUUCUCCACUCCAAAUGUUUUUUUAAAAAGUUGUCUAAAGUAAAAUUGAAUUUAGGUAUUUAUGUAUACAUAUUUAUAUUUAAUAUAUGUUGAUCGCUCAUGAAGUUAUGUGGCUCUGAAAAUAAGCCAUAUCAUUGGUUUGAAGUAAACAUUUUUAUAUGUAGUGAAGAUGAUUAUUAUCCCCAUCGAGUUGUUUUCCACAUACAAAAAAAUAUUUAAAAGUUAUUUUGAUAGCUUUGUUUUUAUCAUUGCAGAUACUGUAUACUCAUAAUAACGGCAAACUGCAGUUGCUACCAAAGGAUCAGAGUACUGAGGAUAUUGAUCAUUACUGUUUCUACCAUUAUACUUCGGACAACCAAUUGUGGAUAGCACAUUUUUGUACAUAUCGACUGAAAACAAUUUAGUUUUUGUCUAUUUGAUUUAGAAUCAGGUACACUGUGAUGUCAUUUUCACUGAAUUAUGGUAGCGAAUCAACUGCAAACAUGCCUUGCUGUAGUCAGUGCUUUAGAAAAUCUGUUUUUGUUUAAAAAUAUUUUAUUUACACUAGUGUACCUAUGAUUUUGUGUGUAUGAGUGCAUUUGUACAUAAUGGCAAACUAUUGACAAUGUGUGUGUGCAUCCCUAUCUCCCACAGAGGCCUUGUGUGAUUGUGGGCCACCCUGGGCUGAUGGGGGACAUAGAGUGCGGCUUACAAAUCGUUUUAGCACCGGAGAACUAAAUCAAAAAUGUUUGGAUGUACCCAUCUGGAAGCUGCUCUGUUACACUUUUCUUUCCUGCGGUUGAAUAUUGUGAGUAAAAUCUGAUGCUGUCAUAGCUGUAGAAUACCGUAAAUACACUACAGUAUAUGAAUAUAUAGGUGACAUGAACCUGGACCAGUCAGUGAGCGAUUAAUGUUGCGGUGUACAUGCAGAAUCAAAGAGUACGUAUAGACUAGAAGGUUUACAGUUGAAGGAAUGCUUUGGCUUUCUUCACAAAGAAGGCUUACUCAUGUGUAAAAAAAUUAGUCAAGCUGGAGCUGAUCAGAGAACAGUUCAUUUACCUAGUUUCAUUAUUAGUGUACAUAGUCAAGUCACUUUGUACUGCUCUGUAGUACAAUGAAACAAAGAAAACAAUGGUGUACAGUUGAAUACAUUUUUUAAUGCUUAUUUAUGGAUGAUGAAUAGCUUGAAUUCAUUUUUACUUGACAAUAAACAUUGUUUGCCAUAA